AUGUCAGACCCUCCGCCACGAAGAAGACGAUCGUCUUUCGCUUACGAUCCAGCACGAGACACAUUCAAAGAGAUUCCUGACACGAGGAUUGAAGAAGCUAUUGUUGAGGAAGACUCGGAACAACCAAGAAAGAGGAGGAGAUCAAAUUCACCGGAGAGACCGCCUCAGAGUGAGCUUAAGACAGAUUCGGUCCCAUGCACGUCCCCCAAUUCGCAGAAGCAGAGUUUGCCCAUGUCGUCCUCAAAGCGCGAAGAACAGUCUACCGCGUCUCCAGUGAAUGGAGGCGUGCAUGCUAAACCCGCUCCGAGAACCCCUGCGGAUCUACCCCGUAUACCACGCAAAGCAAGAGAGGAAGGAGAAGUCCCCAGGUCUCGACCUCCGCCUUCUGCAUUUAGUCGACGCUCUGAACCAGAGGACCGAAGAACCAGAUAUCGAUCGCGAUCUCCUCGACGUCGGUCCCCGUCAGAUCUGUAUCGUCGUCGCUCGCCGGCCCGAGAACGACGGAAAUCCCCCUCUCCCAUUCGAGACUCCCCUCCUCGUGAGUUCAUCCGCCCUGGCGGAGCUCGAGGUCGAGGGCGCAAUGUCCUAGCCGAACAACAGCGAUUAGCUGCCGAACGGGAGGCAAAAAGUGCUGGUCAGGCGCAUCAGACCAAUAGAGGUGUUCAAGAAGUGUCGAAUCAAUUCUACAACGCUCGACCAGAGUGGGUUAAAGAGCGUGGCCGUGACUGGAGAAGAAACGAAUCACAAAUCAAAGGGUUGCGCAGCUUCAACAAUUGGGUCAAGUCGUGUCUGAUACAAAGAUUCAGUCCUGUUGAAAAGCAAGAAGUUGAGGAACUGGGAUGGGGAGAAGAAGCAAAGGAGCCAGAAGAGCAAAAGCCGCUGCUAGUUCUUGAUAUAGGAUGUGGCAAAGGAGGAGAUCUCGGGAAGUGGCAACUCGCUCCUCAGGUUGUUGGCCUUUACGUGGGCCUGGACCCUGCGGAGACCAGCAUCUCUCAAGCACGCGAACGGUACCAGGGGAUGAGACGUGGACGCAAACCCAUCUUCGACGCGUUCUUUCUCCCACAGGACUGCUUUGGUGCUUGGAUUGGUGAUGUCGCGAUCGUACGAGAAGUCGGAAUCGACCCGAAUGCUGGCAAUGGACAGCCGAGUCGUUGGGGUGGUGGCGGUUUCGACGUUGUUACAGCCAUGUUCACGAUGCACUAUGCUUUCGAGUCGGAAGAGAAAGUGAAAAUGAUGCUUAGAAAUGUUGCCGGCUCACUCAAAAAGGGCGGACGGUUCAUCGGUGUGGUCCCGAACAGUGACGUCGCUGCCGAGCAUAUCCGAGCCUGGUUCGCGGAGAAAGGAAAGAAUGCAGACAAAUCCAACGGACAAAACGGCGUGCACAAAGAAGAUGGCGAGGCAGAAGAUGAUGAUGGUCCCUCUUGGGGAAAUUCCAUCUACAAGGUCAGAUUUCCCAUGGACCCUGCUCGACCACUCAAUCCUGACGGAUCGUUUCGGCCACCUUUUUCGUGGAAAUAUACCUACUGGAUGGCUGAGGCUGUGGACGUGCCUGAGUUUGUGGUGCCUUGGGAAGCAUUCCGCGCUAUCGCAGAGUCGUACAACCUCGAGCAGAGAUAUCGGAAGCCAUUCCUUGACAUCUGGGAUGCGGAACAAGGAAAUAGAGAGAUGAUGGCACUGGCUUCCCGGAUGGGUGUCACCAGGUAUGAAGGUGGAGAUCUCCUUCUGAGCCCAGAGGAGAAGGAAGCUGUGGGAUUCUAUCACGCCUUUUGCUUCGUAAAGGUUUAG